GACAAUACCCAAUUUUCCAUUUCCUAUUUCAUCUCUCUCUUCAAAACCCCUCCCUCUCUCUCUCUCUAACUCUUAAACAGCACCCGCGACAUGAUUGCAUAGAUCAGGCCGUAUCCACCAGUUCUUUUUUAUUAAGCCUUCUUUUUGUGUGCUUUCAUCUCUCUUUCUCUUAUACUAUAACGGCUACCUUCGAUUUCGGAUUUUUUUUUUAAAUAAAUCUUUUAGGGUUAUGCUUUAGAAAUUAAUUGAAAAGAGAAGUGGAAGUGUGUGAGAGAUGGCUGCUAGUGCUCCUACAUCUUCGGUUUCUGCAACGUCGAAGAAAUGCUUCAAUUCGGAUUGUACGGAGUUCAAAAUUAGGAAAGGCUGGCGUUUGCGUGCUGGAGAUUUUGCUGAGCUUUGUGAUAGAUGCGCUUCUAUGUUUGAGGAGGGGAGAUUCUGCGACACGUUCCACUUGAAUGCCACUGGUUGGAGAUGUUGUGAAUCUUGUGGGAAGCGAGUUCAUUGUGGAUGUAUUGUUUCAAAUAAUGCAUUUAUGCUGUUGGAUGCUGGAGGGAUCGAGUGCAUGGCAUGUGCAAGAAAAAAUAUUGUUUUGUCAUCUAAUACUCCAUGGCCUCCUCCUUUGUUCUAUAAUACUCCAUUGUCCGAGAGAUUUAAGGACCUUUCUGUCAAAGGUUUGGGUCAAUUAGCUGGAUCAGGUCCUGUGCCGUGGCGGCAAGCGCCCAGUUUGUUCAAUUCCCCUAUUUCUCAUUCUGAACUGCAACCAAGGGCACUAUAUGAAAUUGACCGGCUUGCUACCGGUGAAAGAUCUUCUGCCCCUGCUCUGGAGAAAGGGAGAAUGGAUGAUUUUUCUGAAAGAUUGAUUAAUGGGAGCCUGAAGCUCGGUACACGAGAUAUACUUGAGAAUGGGAAUGCAGGAGCCGGCAUUGAGGAGAAACCUGGUUCAUGUUUGGGUAUACCACACCAGCCUUCUUCUUUAAGGGAGGAUCCAUCUACUGCACAAAGAAUGGUGAUACCUUUUGCAUCUCUGAAUGAACCAAACAUCAGCGCGGUUUCAGGAACUCCUUUACGGCAACCUGCUCCACCACCUUCACUUCCAAAGCAGUUUCAUGGUAAUUUGCAUAAUGGAGUUGACUCAUCGAUUGACACUCAUAUACGUAAUGGAAGACCUCGAGUAGAUGCCCGUGCUAGAAGCCAAUUACUUCCUCGCUAUUGGCCAAGGUUUACUGAUGAAGAGCUACAGCAGAUUUCUGGGAAUUCAAAUUCUGUAAUCACCCCUUUGUUUGAGAAAAUGUUGAGUGCUAGUGAUGCUGGGCGAAUUGGGCGCUUAGUGCUCCCAAAAAAAUGUGCAGAGGCUUAUUUUCCACCAAUCUCACAUCCUGAAGGGUUACCUCUUAAGGUCCAGGAUGCUAAAGGCAGAGAAUGGAUAUUUCAGUUUCGUUUCUGGCCCAACAAUAAUAGCAGAAUGUAUGUCCUGGAGGGGGUGACUCCAUGCAUACAGAAUAUGCGAUUGCAAGCAGGCGAUAUAGUAACAUUUAGUCGAUUAGAGCCAGAAGGAAAAUUGGUAAUGGGAUUCAGAAAGACCUCAAAUGUUCCAUCAUCUGAUCAGGACAAUGAUACAAGCAAGACCAGUAAUGGUGUUUCUACGAAUGGAGAUGCUGAAUUGGCAGAUUCCAGUCCUUGGUCUAAAGUUGACAAGUCGGGAUACAUAGCAAAAGAGGUUCUUGAAGCGAAAUCUUCAAUCAGAAAAAGGAAAAGCAGCACAUUGGGCUCAAAGAGUAAGCGUCUGAGAAUUGAAAAUGAAGACAUGAUAGAACUGAAGCUGACAUGGGAAGAAGCACAAGGACUGCUUCGCCCCCCCCCUGACCACAUUCCUAGUGUCCUGGUGAUUGAAGGAUAUGAGUUUGAGGAAUACGAGGAUGCACCAAUACUUGGGAAGCCAACAAUUUUUGCUACUGAUAAUUCAGGUCAAAAGGUUCAAUGGGUUCAAUGCGAAGAUUGUUUUAAAUGGCGCAAGUUGCCUGCCAAUGCUGAUCUUCCAUCCAAAUGGACAUGUACUGGAAAUUCCUGGGAUCCAGAAAGAUCAUUGUGUUCAGCCACUCAAGAAUUGACAGCAGAACAGAUUGAAGAUCUGCUACCAUCUUGUAAUAUAGUUGCUUCCAAGAAAUUGAAGGCUGCUAAACAGGAAACGGAGAAUGUCGAAGCGUUGGAGGGGCUGGACACACUUGCUAACCUUGCUAUUUUAGGGGAAAAUGAGGCACUCCCAGCUUCAUCACAAGCCACCACAAAGCACCCACGACAUAGACCUGGCUGCUCCUGCAUUGUGUGCAUUCAACCGCCAAGUGGGAAGGGCCCCAAACACAAGCAGACAUGCACGUGUAAUGUGUGUCAAACAGUGAAGCGUCGUUUCAAAACCCUAAUGAUGAAGCGCGAGAAGAAGCAAUCAGAGAAAGAAGCAGAAACUACAAGGAAAAAGCAGCAGCAACCUUUGCCUGAGAAAUUGCUGGAUGAUGACCCCUCACCAUCUAGUAACACUGGAAGUAGCAGCCCCAACAAGAAAAAGGUAUUCAGUGAAGGGUCUGAUGAUGAUCCCAACAGAAUGAAAUCUUCCACUUCUCCUUUUAAAGGCCAAAUCGACCUUAAUAUCCAGCCAGAGCGAGAGGAAGAGUUGUCACCUGGUUCUGAUUCUGGAAGCAUGAUGAAGAUGAUCCAGGGCGCCACAGAGAGGUAUCUUAGGCAGCAGCUAUUAUUGAGCUCUGACGGUGACACUGUUUCAGCAGGGAAACAAGCAUUAGCAGGUCAUGCAAUGGGUGAAGAAGUCGGUAAUGGUAUUACACUUGGUAGCAGCCUUCAAGAUCCUGACAAAGAUAACUCUACGACUUUCUCCACAAAAGUGCCUGCAUCCUCUCCGGCCAUAGGGUAGGUAAUGCUUCUUUGUAACAGUGGUAUAUUGGCCUUCCAUGGAGGACUUGGGAGCUGGACACGAGGACACUUGUGUUUGUACAUUUCCACAAUAGUGUGCUACUUCUUUGGUCUGUACAUAAGAGUAGAAUUAGGAAGCAGGCAGCAACAAGGUUGAGAAACCAAUAAUUUUGCUCAUUCAUAUACUAUGAGAUGUUACUAUCUAGUGUAAUUUAAGGGGUUGCUAACUAGUUUAGAGUUUAGAUCCUGAAUGACGACAAUUUAUUCAAGUGGGUGGUAGGUCGAAGCUAUGUAGUUCAUUAUUAGGAGCUCACCACUACUCUCAUUCAGGAUCACGGACAAUGUAACUAAGCUGUGCCAGUUUUUUUUCACUUGGUAAAAUGAGAAAUUGUUUUCGGGUA